AUGGCUUUCUUGUCCAGAUUGUGCAACCCGCGAGGGGAUGAGAUCGACGUGGACUCCGCCCCGGUGUGCAAUGUUCCUUUGCUGAACUCCACCCUGAAGCCCGUGCCGGACGAUAGGACCUUCCCGCUGUUCUCGUCCCUGCCGAAGGAGCUGAGGCUCCAGAUAUGGGAGGAAGCCACACCGCGAGAGCGACUCGUCCAUGUCACCAUAUGCUGCCGCUUGUAUCGGGAGAAAGAGAAAGAGUCCGACGCCCCCGUGCGGUAUCUGAAGAAGAACCAUCUUGGGAACCCCAUCAGCGGUUCUGAAUAUCAGCUCUUCGCGGAGGACGGCCGGCUCGACCAUGCGCUGCUGUCUGUCAACAGGGAGGCCAGGCAGGUUGUGCUGGACUUUUACCGGAUCCACAUACCGGCCUUCUGCGUGCAGUCACAUCAUGGGAAACCAAUUCCGCACUGCUACGGGGAGCGGACCACGCUGCACAUCAACCCCGAGCACGACGUGAUCCAAUUCCAGGCGCAGGAGCCAGUGAGAGAAACGCUGAUCGAUUUUCUCUGGGACCUGAAGGCGUACGACCCGAAGGGUGUGGGGUUGCUCAGGCUGGCAACGAGCCUGGAGAACUUCUGUACCAACGACCUCCAGUAUCUAAAGCGCUCGGAUCUGCUGCUCAUCCGCCAGCGGCAGGCGCUCGUCGAGACUCUGUCGCAGCUGCAAGAGGUAUGGUUCGUCAACGUGGAGUCCGGAAGGAACCUAUACCAGCCGACGGCCGACGGCUCGGAGAACAUGGUUCCUUAUGGCAUCAAAAUGUCGGGGUACGAGUCCGUUGGCCCCGAAGCAAGAGAGGGUGCGGAGGCUGAGCUGCAGCGAGUCUACAUGGGCAGGGUAGACCCGCGUGAGCUCAUCUGGCGGUGGAAGAGGCUGUUGCGCACGUGGAAGAUACACCACCCACACGGACAGGUCAAAUACCGGUUGAUGGUAGCGCAGCAGCAGAAGCCAUUCAAAGACGAACCGAGUGCCAGGGGGUUAGCCCGGAUCAUGGGCCUGUUGAGUGUACGGGACCAAGACCGCUAUUACUACAAAGAAGACAAGAUCUUCAGGCCCGGUGCAUGUGAGGCGGGCAGUGGAAAGUUGCCAGACCAGGUCAAACCCGAAGAAUCUGGCACGAUGAAAACUGCUGCCGUUGGCUUUUGGUCAUUUCCAAUUGAAGCGGUGGGAGAUAUCGGCAAGGGCAAAAGCCUUCGCGAUUGUGACUAUGAGCCAAAUCGUUUCUUGGAUAUGAGGAGUCACUGGCCUGAGCUUCUACUGGCAAAGACUAGGACGUUUUGA